CGGGAGCGCCCCCUGGCGGCGGCCUGUGGGGGUCGGGGCGGCGGGCAUGGCUGCGCUGGCCGAGCUGCUGGGCGAGGCGCUGGCGGCGCCCGACGGCUCGGCGGUGGCCACGGCGUCCCUGCCGGCGCGGGGCGUCUCGCUGGUGGGGCUCUACUUCGGCUACUGCGGCGGGGGGCCCUGCGCGCAAGUGGCCGCCAACCUGGCCGCCUUCUACGGCCGCUUCCAGCCCGGCCCCGAGGGGGACGCCGCCGCCGCCGCUGCAGCCGUUGCACCCGCUGCAGCAGCCGCCGCCGCCGCCGGAGGAGCCUCGGCCGCCCCGUCCCGCCCGCCGCCCCAGCAGCGCCUGGAGAUCGUCUUCGUCUCGGCCGAGCAGGAGCAGCCGCGCUGGCAGGAGGCGACGCGGGCCAUGCCCUGGCUGGCUCUGCCCUUCGCAGACAAGCGCCGGAAGUUGAAACUGUGGAACAAAUUCCGGGUUUCCAACAUCCCCUCGCUGAUAUUUAUAGAUGCCAACACUGGGAAGGUGGUUUGUCGGAACGGCCUCUUGGUGAUCCGAGAUGACCCAGAAGGCCUGGAGUUCCCGUGGGGUCCUCGGCCGUUCAGCGAGGUGGUGGCCGGCCCCCUUCUCCGAAAUAGCGGGCCUCCCCUCGAAAGCAGCGUCUUGGAAGGUUCCCACGUCGGGGUUUACUUCUCCGCUCACUGGUGCCCGCCUUGUAGAAGCCUCACUCGGGUCCUGGUGGAAUCUUACCGGAAAAUCAAAGACGCUGGUCAAAAAUUCGAGAUUGUCUUUGUUAGUGCAGACAGGUCGGAGGAGUCGUUCAAACAAUAUUUCAGUGAGAUGCCCUGGUUAUCGGUCCCUUACCCCGAUGAAGGACGGCGGUCGCGUCUCAACCGGCUAUAUGGCAUUCAAGGUAUCCCGACUCUUAUCAUCCUGGACACUAAGGGAGACGUCAUCACUCGACAGGGCCGAGUCGAGGUCCUGAAUGACAUUGAAUGCCAGGAGUUCCCCUGGUACCCCAAGCCUGUCUUAGAGCUGACCGACUCCAACGCUGUCCAGCUCAACGAGGGUCCUUGUCUUGUCCUUUUUGUAGAUUCCGACGACGACGGAGAAUCCGAAGCGGCCAAGCAGCUGAUCCAGCCGAUUGCCGAGAAGAUCAUCGCCCAAUACAAAGCCAAAGAUGAAGAGACGCCACUGCUGUUUUUCGUGGCCGGAGAGGAUGACAUGACCGACUCUCUUCGGGAUUACACCAAUCUGCCCGAAGCCGCCCCUCUCCUCACCAUCUUGGACAUGUCAGCCCGUGCUAAAUACGUCAUGGAUGUCGAAGAGAUCACGCCACCGAUUGUGGAAACUUUCGUGAAUGACUUUCUGGCCGACAAACUGAAACCUGAGCCUAUCUAAAGCCGAAGCCCAGGGAGUGGGUGGGAGGGGGGUCAUUUCUCACCCCUUUCUCCAUCUCUUAAGACGCUAUUUAAAAAUGGCCGGAUCGGUCCUCCACCACUACCACCCCUUUGGUGCGGGCCGGCUGUAAUUUCCUCGUGGUGCCUUGUUUUAACCCCAGAAUGUCGUCUCUGUCCAAACGCUUUCCAGGUGCUCUUUUUUUUUUUUUUUUGCAAGGGGAAGGUUUUUUUG